UACCUGUUACUAAAUAAAUUUUUCGUGAGAAUAGGUUAACUUAAGUUGUGAUUGAACUCUUCAAAAAUGUGUGAAUUAAAGACAAAUUUCGUGACCCACGAUCUGGUUCACAAUCUGCGAUGCAAUAGACGAGGUCCCAGGAUUAGGCACGACAUGAAGAAGACGAGGAUCUGGCCAGGAGCCCGUUUUAUGUGCGUUUGCAAGGACGGAGAUUUGAAUACGGCUGCCUAUUGUUUGGCCGAGUUGAUGCACGAGCCCUUUCAGCCUUUUCCCAUGGCCACGGUGGCGGUGCAUUAUUCGAUCCGGGAUGAGUUCAUUGAGAUGCUAAGGAGUCGUUUCCGGCAGCUGAAGCCACAUGUGGCCAACCAUCCGAAUUUCGUGAGGGCCGUGGAGGAGUUGAAACACGGUCUGCGACCUGUGAAAUACGUUCUGGCCGAUGUGGCCGAUGCUCCGGCCUGUGCCAGUCCCAUUUUGGUCACAGAUGAAGUUACCCAUUUGUUCUUUCCCAGCGGACCUUCGGGUUGCACCACCCUACAUUCCUUUCAAAAUAUGCGCCAUGUGGCAGAGAUCUUUGGCAGGGAGACCCCAAACUUCGAUGCGGUCUACUUCUUUGAUGAGGGUAUUACGGGUGUUUAUACCUUGGCCAAGAUGAUCAAGUGUGUGCAGUUCUUUGUUAACUGCAUGGAUGCCUGUCUGCUGGAAAUCAUGCCCUUCUACAUGGAGCACACGCCCAUGGUGAUCUUCAAGAGGGGUUAUCAUUACGAGACCCUGGAACUCGGUCAUCAGUGGAAGAUCAUUGUGUUCCCCUAUAGUUCCUCUAUCCUGAGACAGUGCUGUUGUCCCACUGGCCAUUGUCGCUGCUAUGCCACCCAUUCAGCCUGCUGUGAAGACCACUUGCAUACUUAGGAAUGGUUGGGUGUACUGUCUCCUUUUAAGCCCCAUACCCACCAACCAACUAUCCCGCCUAAUAAUUUCGACAUGGAACUCCAUCUUGGCAAAGGAAAUCCAAACUUCCUCCGUCUGUUCUUCGACUGCCGGCGUCGCUCCAGAAAUCCGCAGUUCCAAUGAGUAGUUUGCGACUGGCAACACAUGUGAGCCAUAAUUUUCGCGGUACUUGCCUCCAGGAUUGCUAGUAAAGUGGUUAUUGGCUAAGGAUUACUUUUUCAUUACAUACUAAACGCAAAAUCAUUGAAAUAUAAAUU